CUGGAGUGCAUCUUCAUCUGUUCUCCCUGGUGCGGUUACAUUAAUUUAUAUCAUUAGAUGUAGAUUUAAUGUUAAUAGUGCCGAACUAACGUUUUAGUUUUUAUUUCUUAUCAAGUGAAUCACGAACUAUAAGAUUAUUAGUGAACGAUGGACCAUAUGUGGACGUUCUUGAGGUCUCUAACUUAGGAUCCAAAAAGAUAUCGUUACAUUGGAAGUCAACUGUUUUACCACAGCUAAGUUAAACAAAGAUGUCUUGCAAGAGGAGAUGAAUCUGAAGGAGUAAUUGCAUACAAUUUUACUAUAAAGAAAAAAAGGCAACCCUAACAAAGAAGUGUUUAGUUUACAAACACUCAAAUAUAAACCAUAUAUGUACCGAAACAAGCGAAGAACAUCGGGGAACAAUCAUGAUGCUGCUAAAAAGCUUCUUCGGCAGGAUCAUAAAAGAUUUUCGUCAGAAGGAGUUGUGGCCAAUCAAACUUAUAUUUUUCACGCAAAUGUCAACUUUGUUCAUUCUCUACCCAUAUUUGACGAUACACAUGCGAGAGUUAGGCAUCAACGUAGAAGAAACAGCUAUAAUGAGCGCUAUAAUUCCAUUUGUUGCUAUAAUAAUGCCUCCAAUAGCAGGUCUUAUAGCUGAUCGCAUCGGAAAUUUUAAGAUACUGCUGUCAUUUUUUUCAAUGCUGGGUGGUGGAGCUGCCCUGCUUCUACUUCUUGUACCAGUAGGCAGAUUAAAUAUUCAGAUGCCAGAAAAUGUGGUGCUCGAUGUUGGCUGUACCCACGAUGUAAAGGAAAAUCUAGUUUUAACUAUGAGCCAGAAUUAUCCCUGUGAUACUCUGUCUUAUGCACGACUGGAUCUAGCUGUUCAGAGUUGUGGAUAUGCAUGUCCAGUAGUGGGAAAAAACGAGACAUACUUAAAGGCUUUGAUUAUGUCACGGAACUAUGAAGUACAUGUACACCAUCCAAAAACUGGAAAAAAUGAAAGUUUCAACUAUUUGAUUUCUGAAAGCAAUAUGCCCGAGAAAUUAAAAAUACCAGAGGAUCUGAGGGAGAGUCGAAAGUUAAAGAACUUGGAGUUCUACAGGAUAGCCAUUCGACAGCUAUCCAAGAACUUUGUGUUCUUUCCAAUCCACAAGCCACAGCUUUUUGAAUUUAGUUGCAAAGAGAGUGACUCUGUUUCGGAUGAUAAUGUAACUGUUUGUAAAUUUAACCUGACUUCAAACUCUAUAAAUGAAGAGAAAGACCUGCCAAAGCUUCAAGCUUCAGUAAAAGCUCUAAGGUCUACCGAUCAAGAUACUGAUGAACAGCAGCAAAGAUAUCUAGUUCAAGGUAUUAACUGGAAUAAUCAGGGUAACAAGACAAGCAUAUGUUCAGCAGAUGACUAUCAAAAUGAACAAGUGAGCGUGGAGCUAAAAUUUACACAUUCACUGAUUAACGAUGAAAAUGACGAGGAUCUAUUUGUUAAAGACUGCAUCAGAAAAUGUAUUCUAACAGCACCAAGAACAAACGUUUGUACAAACAAAAAGAUGGUCAUAGAAUAUGAUGUAAGUUUCACGUUCUGGUGUUACUUAUGUGUUCGAGUUUUCAUAGCCAUGAUUGGAGGCACUGCGUUUGCAAUGUUUGAGGGUGCAGUAAUAGCAGUUUUAAGAGAACAUAAAGCAGACUAUGGUUUACAGAGGAUCUACGGGAGCAUCGGUGGUAUUAUAUCCUCGCCGCUGUCAGGAUUGCUGAUCGACUAUGCAAGUCGAGCAAGAGGACAUACAGAUUUCAGGCCAGCGUUUUAUCUUUACGCUGUACUAAAGAUAUUCUCAGGCUUUCUUAUGCUACUUAUUAAUCUUGAAUUCAAAGCUCCAGCUGCAAAUGUUGUCAACGAUGUAGUCUCCGUAUUAAAAAAUAUCGAGGUUGUCGCCUUACUUACUGCUUGCUUUGUUUUAGGGACUGCUUGGGGCUACAUUGAGUCAUUCCUCUUCUGGCUUCUCGAGGACUUGGGUGCCUCGAUGAGCCUAAUGGGCAUGACCAUAACCGUAGGUGGCAUAACGGGUAUUCCUCUGCUAGCUCUAUCUGGACCUUUAAUCGACAGGCUUGGUCACGCCAACGUUAUUUUUAUUGGAUUUAUCUUUUACGCGGUUAGACUUGUUGGCUACUCGAUGAUUACUCAACCAUGGCAAUCACUGAUUUUCGAAGCUCUUGAAUCGGUUACUUCGUCACUGAGCUUCACUGCGGCUGUUACAUAUGCAGCCAAGUUGUCCUCCACGUCCACCGAUAGCUCAAUUCAAGGAUUAUUGGGUGGACUCUAUUAUGGAGUUGGCAAAGGAAGCGGCAGUUUGAUUGGUGGCUUCUUGAUGAAAGCUUUUGGAACACGAGCUACCUACCUGAUAUUCGCCGCUGUAACACUGAUAACCGGCUUUAUCUAUUUACUCUUUAAUCAAUUGUAUCUAUCUAAGAGAUUGCAUAUCCAGGACAACAAUGUCAUAAAUAAAAAUAAGCCAAAUAAUAUUGAAGCGGAGACUAACAAGUCUUCCGAGUCACAGAAGGAGAAGGAAGCCAAUGAGGGGAUUAGAGAGCAACAUUAUCCCUACAUUGUUGAUGAUGUUGAAGCUAUAAACAAUGCAAGGAAUCUCGACAUAAUUGAAACCGUUGUUGAGCAGCAACAGCAGCAGGAAGGGAUACAUAUUAGCAGUGAAGACGGAAAUAAUCAUCCGAGACACAGGCAUCAUCGAAAUAACGGGCAUGUCAACGUAGCAUUCAUAGCUGAUAAUGAGGAUGACUGCCAGGUAAUUGUAGAGAAGGCAGGACCAGAUAGGAGAUGAGGUAACGGGCUGAGUCACAUACACACUCAAACGAGGACUGAUAAAGCGUGGGUUGCUAUUGGUUCUGAUACUGUCUCAUUUGGGCUGUGCAGACCGUUUUGAUUUGAAAAUACUCCAAUAGGACUAUUUUGAAACGCUAUAUAUAUAGUUCAAUGGACAAAAAAUUAAGGCGUUGAUUUUGAUACUGUUGUUAUUGUAAUUAUGGACGAGCGAAACUUUUUUCCGUUUUUAUUUGUUGCAUAAAUUAAGGUAAUGAAUCUAAGUCUCUAUCUUUUUUAAUUUAAACAUAAAAAGGUUUAAUGGAAAUAUUUUUUUUUUUAAAUAAAGAUGGUACACAAAAAAUUCUCGUUGUAAACAGUAAUUUGCUAGUGGAAUUUAUCGCUUGUCAAGAAACAUUGCGUAACAAAAUUGUGUUUUGUUUUUCUUGUAAAUAAAUCAUUAUCCGUCAGCGUCUCCUUAUAGAUGUUAGAAGAAUAACAAAGCAAAUUAAUAUCAGACUGUACCUAUCAUUUUAAAAAAUUAAUUAAUGCGUACAACUGUUUAAUAAUAAAUAUACAAACCUGUCGUUCGAAGUUUUUUAAUGUUUCUUAUUUUAUAUAACUUUUUGUGCGUGUAAGAAAUAAAAGCUUGAAAUCACAUUUAAUAAUUGAUGUUCACAUAUAACUAUUUUAAGUGUUGAAAAGCAUUGACUAUUGUAUUUUUAUUAUGAACUGUUAACAUGUUUUCUUAGAAAGUUUUCAUAAAAUAAAAAUUAAUCAAACCGGGAAAGCUAGUUAUUAUAUGAAAAUGUAUGAUAGAAAGAAAAAUUUGUAAAUAUUAGAUAAAUA